ACAGCGGGGGCGGCAGGCGGCGGAGUGGGACGCGGCUGGGCGGCGGCGGCGGCGGAGCGGAGGCCCUCGCACUGCGCACGCAGAGUCCCGGCAGCCUGACCCGCCCGGCGCCCCGCUCCCCGCGCGGAGCCGCCGCGGGGCCUAGGCCGGCCCGGCCCCGUGGAGGGGGGGUUCCCGAAGGAGGAAGAGGCCGGCGCGAUGUUCAAGAACACGUUCCAGAGCGGCUUCCUCUCCAUUCUCUAUAGCAUCGGAAGCAAACCCUUGCAGAUCUGGGACAAGAAGGUGCGGAAUGGCCACAUCAAAAGAAUCACAGAUAACGACAUCCAGUCCCUGGUGCUAGAGAUUGAAGGGACAAAUGUCAGCACUACAUAUAUCACGUGCCCUGCGGACCCAAAGAAGACGCUGGGCAUCAAACUUCCCUUCCUGGUCAUGAUCAUCAAAAACUUGAAGAAGUACUUCACUUUUGAAGUGCAGGUCCUCGAUGACAAGAACGUGCGUCGACGGUUCCGGGCCAGUAACUACCAGAGCACCACUCGUGUCAAGCCCUUCAUCUGCACCAUGCCCAUGCGGCUGGACGACGGCUGGAACCAGAUCCAGUUCAAUCUGUCUGACUUCACCCGGAGAGCAUAUGGCACAAACUACAUAGAGACCCUCAGGGUGCAGAUCCACGCGAACUGUCGCAUCCGGCGAGUUUACUUCUCAGACAGACUUUACUCAGAGGACGAGCUGCCGGCUGAGUUCAAGCUCUAUCUCCCAGUUCAGAACAAGGCGAAGCAAUAACCUAGUACCGGAACACAACAUGAGGAAUAAACCCUGGGCCUGAUGCUUAAUUUAAAAAGGAAAAUAGCUGGAGGACAAUGUGAAAUACAGAAAUAUUUAGAUAAAUUCAAUGGGAUAGGGUCCUUUUAUUUAAUAAAUUGGUGUCCCUUGUCUUAGGACCCUAAUAACCAUGUAAUAACUCCGUAAUUACAUUGUAAGUACAG